AUGUCGUUUGUUCCUCUUCAAGGUUUUCCCCACCACACAUCCACUACUAACUUUCUCUCUGUAUUUUCUUCAAAGAUAAAGCGUCUCCCAACAACAAAAAUCGUUCCAGUCAAUUCGUCCGGUUCCACAACAACCACUUACAAAUCAAUCGACAAACACUGCAGAGUCGUCACAAAGAAAGACGUCUUUGCUUUGACUUCCUUUUCGCUCUAUCAUUCCGUUAACGGUGUCAAACAAGGAGAACCCAUUUGCGAUAAAGUCUCCGUCAGAAUUUUUUCAACAGCUUUAUUUACGGUCUUAGCUGAUGGUGCUGGAUGGGGAAUGCCUUCGUUUCGAGCGGCAACCAAAGCGUGCGACAGUGUUCUUGAUUAUAUUUCCAAGAAUGUUGGGACGUGUGUCACUGUACGAGACAUAGGGUCCUUACUCGUCAGCGCGUGUUCAUAUGCGCACAAUUCCAUAUUAAGUACGACAGAACUACUAUUUAAUAUAGGAACUACUACACUUAUGAUCAACGGAAUAGUAAAUACAGAAAAAGGACACUAUUUGGUUACAACUAAUAUUGGAGACUGUCGAACUUUUUUAUACUCCCAUAUCAAUCACCACACUUCAUCACAUUGUGGUAACUUCCACGACUCAUACAAACAUAUGCAAAACUCUUUUGGUGCAAUUGGACCAAUGAGGAGUUGUGAACCCGAUUUGAAUAAAGCGCAAUUAAAAGCAGUUCAUGUUGAUGUUGGUGACAUUAUCAUCACAUCGAGUGAUGGAUUUCAUGACAACAUUGACCCACAGUUCAGGGGCGUGGAAAAUUACAAAUCGAAAGAAAAAGAGACGGACCAAUUUCUCACUGAAUUAAUCGAGGAACACAAUAGUCUAGCAGAGACCGUCGAAAGUGCAAGUACUUUUGUUGUGAAUUUGACACAACCUGCUCGUGAUUUACUUGCUAAGAAUCCGAAGAAGUUCUUACAACUUGGCAAAGAAAAGAUGGGGAAACUGGACCACACGACUAUCUGUUUGGUCAAAGUCGGUGACAUUGAAAAACAAAUGAUUGUACCCACCACGUGUUCUUUGGCGUCUUUUGAUACUUUUGUCUCUGAUGAGUCUUCUCAAAUCAAUGCAACACAGUGUUCAUCGACAAGUGGGUAUCAACCACAAAGACGUACUCCAAUGUAUGACACUGCCAAUCUUGGCCCAGUAAUGAAAGAGAUUGAUAUACUGAGAUCGGAGUCUGUUGGACUCUCUUCAAUGUCAAGUUCACUUGGAACAAAUAUUAUGGCGGAGGACGACAGAAGUGUGUGUGAGUCUGGUCGUGUUCCUAGUCCACUUGGGAUUAGUCUGAGUACGAUCAGUUUAUCAAACAGUUUUUCCAACUCUUCUCAAAGGAAACGAGUCUAUUCGCCACGGAGAAGAGUCUCUAUCAUGAAAGUGGAUCAAGACGAAAAACACUUUUUACAGAAGGAGAGUAGCAUAGAAGAAGAGAGUGGAUGGGACGAUGACAAAGCUCAACAAGACAAGCGUAAGAAGGGUUCCACAGAUAUUGUAAUCCACAAAGUUGAAGUCCACAUGAACACGAAGAAGACGAAAUUGCAGUCUUCAGAUGACGAUAAAAAAUGA